CCUUUUGAGUAUAACAGUAUUGACAGCAAUUCUCAUGCAGCAAAUACAGAAAGCAUAGAUAAGAUGUGCAAGUCCUUGCUGUUUAAUACGUGUUACUGGAAAAUGGUCGUGUUAGUAUUGAUGUUGUUGACAAUAGUUGCAGGUGCAGAAAAAAAUUGUAGUGUGAGUCGAUGCCCAGGUAGAGACUGGCCGGAUAUUCAUUUUCCGUUUUGGCAAAAACCCAAAAGCAGUACUUCUCAGCCGGCAGAUGACUGUGCCCACCUGCCUGACUUCCAGCUUUCUUGCGGUGCCAGUCCCGCCAGAAGAGGAGAAGAUCAAUCAAGCAAGGAGGAAACCUUAUUGGAUUUUCAUCACAUAGUGCACACAUCAAUCCAGGGACUCGAUCUCUCUUUCAAGUACAAGGCAGUUGUUACGUGGAUCAUCCAUAGCUCCCAAGUUUUAUUUAUAGAUACCCCUAUUCUCAUUGAUAUAGUACCAAGUUCGGUGUUAGCUAAUUCCUCAUCUGCUUUCCACCAUCUUCCUCUCAAAACAUAUACUUCUGAUUCUUUAUCUUUUUGUUACCUAAGUUUGGGUUGUAGAAAUGAUGGCUAUGAGCUCUUCAAUGAUGACCCCUUUAUUAGUUAUAAUUGUCAUAACAGCUACACAUUUUUCAAUUGUUCCUCUUCUUCACCAGUCAACGAGCAUAAUGGAAAUAAGGUCAUCAAUUCCCUCAGCACCAGAGCUUUCAAGGUUUAUGCAUAUUCUUCCCACAUCGCUGCAAUAGAUAUGCUGGACCAAGUAAGAUCUUGCACUAAGAUGUUCGAUAUUUCAACUAAGCUCAACCAAUCUUCACAGUCCUGUGAAUUCGACACCCUAGUACGUUACCGAGAGUAUCCACUAUUGAGUUGGUCCACGAAAGUAGGUGGCGGAAAAUGUGAAGCUGAGCGACAGAGUUGUAAGACUUAUGAUGAAAGAGAUCGAGGGAGUCCCAGAAAGAGUUACGCAGAUGUUCCGCAACCCCAACCAUCCACGAGAGAUUCAGGUCGUGCAAUUGCCAAACUACUUAUAGCUGUUUUAUUGCCAUGCAUCUUCUUGGUUGUACUUGGCCUUAUCUUCUGGUAUAACUUUAUCCGAUUAAAUAAACAAAGGGAGGAGGAGGAGGAGUUGAAGAUUAAAAUGUUUAUGGAGAACUAUAAAGCGCUCAAGCCAACAAGAUACUCCUAUAGUGACAUCAAAAAGAUCACAAAUAUGUUCAAGCAUAAAUUAGGCCAAGGAGGUUAUGGAUCUGUAUUCAAGGGACAGAUUUCAGCUGAUAUUCCAGUCGCGGUGAAGGUUCUUCAUAUUGAUUCCAGAGCUAAUGGUGAUGACUUCAUCAACGAGGUUGGUACUAUAGGUAAAAUUCACCAUAUCAAUGUGGUUCGACUGCUCGGGUAUUGUGCUGAUGGAUGUCAUCGAGCUCUAGUUUAUGAGUUUCAACCUAAUCAUUCACUAGAAAAGUUCGUUUAUAGAAGAGGUAAACCACAAAAUUUCAUAGGUUGGAAGAAAAUGCAAAAAAUUGCUCGAGGUAUAGCCAAGGGGAUGGAAUAUCUUCACCAUGGAUGCGCACAACAGAUUCUCCACUUUGAUAUUAAACCUAACAACAUUUUAUUGGACAAGAACUUUAAUCCCAAAAUCGCAGAUUUUGGAUUGGCAAAGUUGUGUAACAAAGGACAGAGCAUGGUGUCCAUGACUGCGGCUAGGGGGACUAUUGGCUACAUUGCACCCGAAGUGUUUUCAAGGAAUUUCGGUAAAGUUUCAUCCAAAUCAGAUGUUUACAGUUUUGGAAUGUUGUUACUUGAAAUGGUUGGAGGAAAAACCAAUGAUAUGACCACAGAACAGAACGCGAGUGAUGUAUACUUUCCCGAAUGGAUUUUUCGUAGGCUUGAGAAAAAUGAGGAGUUGGUGAUCCAAAUCGAAAAUGAAGAUGACAGUAAGAUAGCAAGGAAGUUAACGAUUGUCGGACUUUGGUGCAUUGGAUGGCAUCCGAUAGACCGGCCAUCAAUGAAGGUUGUGAUUCAGAUGUUAGAGGCUGAUGAAUGUCCUGCCAUGCCACCAAAUCCUUUUAGUACCCCCACUUCAGGAAAUGCCACACAUGCAAAAUCAUUGUUUGGUGAAAGGCUCCAAGUCAUUUCUGAAACAGAGUGACAAUUGACGUUUACUUUUUCCCACCAAAAUAAAAGUUAAAUUUAUUUUCA